UCAGAUAGAAACACACACAUACACACACUUCCCUUUACUCAUGAUAUGGAUUCACUUAUUAGUAUAUAUAUAUAUAGAUAGAUAUUAGAUAGAUGCCCAGGCAGUACUGAUCAUUCAUAACUACAAAAGGGAAAGGGGGAAACCCACAUCCUACUCUCCAUGUUCUUCUGAAUCCAUGCAGAUGCAGGGCCGACUGUCAUGUUUAGAGUGAGAGUGAGAGUGAGAGUCAUCAGAGUGAGAGAGAAAUAGAGAAAAAGAAAUUCUGAAUUAUUAUUUGUUGUUAGCAGAUUUUCAUUUCUCUACAGCUUAAUUUUGAAAAACCACCCCCCCUCAUCAUUAUCCCUUCACGAGAUUUUUCCUAUUCAAUUCUCGCCCUUUCCUGGCUGGCCUGCCUGGAUUACAAUAAUCUAGAGAGAGGGAAAGAGAGAGAGAGAGAGAGAGAGAGAGAGAGAGAGAGAGAGCGGGGAAUUAACAUACUGCUGCAGCAUUGGCAGGGAGGGGGCGUUUGAAUGGAUAUACAUAGGAAGUCUCAGGUUAAGGGCUUUUAAGAGGUUGUUGUUAGGAGGGUUUUUAAAAACCCCAAUUCUCUCUCUCUCACUUACCUCAUAGGAAUCCAAAGCAGGCACAAUCUGCUUGUUCAUCGUCUUCUCUCUCAAGUCAUGUUUCCUGCGGUUCUCUCCAAUUCAUCUCCCGAAGAGCCAUCUGGCCUUUCUUCAACCCUAGCUGGAGGAAUCCAAGAUUUUGGCAACAGCUUGAAUCCAAUGGUCCACCAAUUCAAUUCCAAUCAAGAUCCAGGAAAAACCAAGAAGAAGAGAAACCUCCCUGGAAAUCCAGACCCUGAUGCAGAAGUGAUUGCUUUAUCCCCAAAGACCCUUAUGGCAACGAACAGAUUUGUUUGUGAGAUUUGCAACAAGGGUUUCCAGCGAGACCAGAACCUGCAGCUUCACAGGAGAGGACACAAUCUGCCAUGGAAACUGAAGCAGAGAAGCAGCAAAGAAAACAAGAAGAGGGCGUAUGUGUGCCCGGAGCCGACAUGUGUCCACCACCACCCGUCCAGGGCUUUGGGUGACCUGACAGGGAUUAAGAAACACUACUGUAGAAAACAUGGUGAGAAGAAAUGGAAAUGUGAGAAAUGCUCUAAGAUCUAUGCUGUUCAAUCCGAUUGGAAAGCACACUCGAAAACCUGUGGAACUAGGGAAUAUAGAUGUGACUGUGGAACCCUCUUCUCCAGGAAGGAUAGCUUCAUCACCCACAGGGCAUUUUGUGAUGCUUUGGCUGAAGAAAGUGCCAGAAUUUCUGCUGCUACUCACUCUCUGCUGUCCCCAAAUUCCGGCGACAAUGUCGCUAAUAAUCAUCAUCAAUCCAGCUUCCUGUUCCAGCCUCAAACCCCUCUCCCGCCGCCGCCUGCGCCGCCGUCCUUCUUCCCAUUCGCCUCCAACUCCAACUGCCGCCACUUCUCCGCCGCCCCCUGGGACCAAAACCCUAACCCUAAUAACUCCCAGUCUCCGAACCAGGUACACAUUAAGCACGAAGAUGGAAUCCACAUUCCCCUUUCUUACCCCGUCAUGACUUCUCCGUACGGGAAUCUCCACAUCAGUCCCUCCCUGCCGCCGCUGUCCGCCACCGCGCUCCUCCAGAAGGCAGCGGCGGUUAGCAGUGCGGGUCACGUGAACUCCACCAUGGCACACCUGGACAUGCACAUGACACCGGCGUGGCAGAAGACCACCGCCGAUAGCUUGACAAGGGAUUUUCUGGGACUCGCCGGAGACCAAUGCGGCGGCAGCAGUGGUGGCGGCGGAGGUGGAGCAGGAGGGGGCGGAAAUGGAAGUGUGAGGGAUCUGCUGCCGUACACCCCCGGAGGAAUGGAGUUUCCGCCGUAUGAUCGUGGCCAUUCGUUUCUGAAGAAUCAAGGGUUCGGAUUUGGCGAGAGCUGCCAGGAAACUUGGGGCAGCAGCUGAGCUGAGAGCUAACGCGAGGCUACACAAAAAUCUCAACUAAUUAACUAUUGUCGUUCUUUCCCUAAAUGCGUUUUUUCAUAGAACCAUUUAUUAACGCUUUUAGUUCUAUCUUGUUUUUGGCAACUUUCGAAUUAAUUAUUUAUAUGGACAUACAUGCGUGCAUGCAUGGAUGCAUAUGCUGCUGCUUUUAUGAUAUGCUUAUUCGCUACUAUCAUAUUUAAUU